AUGAGCUCAUCCUCACCAUCGCAAGCAAAAGAAGCCUGUACACGUAACGACCACAGGGAACGAUCAUGGCAGAAUCAUCCUUGGCCCCAAAGCGACGGCCCCGAGUGCAAAAAUCGUGCACCGAGUGUCAAAGGCGAAAGCAGAAGGUACGUGUGUGAUAUCAUUGCCGGGCCGGCGCCGAGUUCCGGCGGGGAGACCGGGGGUCCGUGCAUCAUUCGGAAUGACGGCGUGCCGUGCGCCAAUUGCUCGCGCCGGUUCCCGCCUGUGGAGUGCACUGUUCUCCGUAUUGAUGCCCCGGACGGCGAAAGUCGAGCCCCCGAGUACGAAGAGCAAGUCGUCAGUCUCGGGGUCCCGCACUCGGAGAAUCUCUAUCUCGACGGGACAGGCGACCCAGAUGCCAUGGUCCAUAUCCGACCCUUCGGAGGCAUCUUGACUGAGUCGCCCUUAUUUCCUAGCAUCGGCAUGCUCAUGGCGUCAACUACGCAAUCGCUUGAGAAGGGUGUCGAGGUGACACGCAACUCCGAGUCGCUGGCGAUCAAAGCCAGGGUCCUCACUGGCAUCAAUGAGAUGCUCAAGGGUGACUUUGGCUCGGUCGCCCAGGAGGUCAUCCGUUCGGUCAUCAACCUUUGCGUCAUGGAGUGGUUUUGGGGCGCCGAUGACAGCAUGUGGGCGCAUCUAAGGGGCAUGAAGCACAUGAUUAACCUUCGGAGCGGCUUGCGGGGUAUCAAAGACAUUGUGGGAGAGUCCAUCAUCAUCUUGACCGAUUACGAAAUAUCGUGCUGCUUCGAGACGGAACUCUACCUCCAGAGCAACGAUCCAGUAUUGCUGGAGGAGAUCCCCAUUCCAACGUCGUGGCCAGACGGAUUUGACUGUCCACUGAUCAGAUCGAAUGUUUCGUUUGAUGACGUUAAGGAUAAGCUGGGAUUAACAAGAGCUGGAGCUAGGAUCCUGGAUGAUGUCCGCUUCUUGACUACUUCAAUCACAGAGGCCGACGGCGGACCCGCCAGUAUUCGCAAGAUCCAGAGCACAGCCUCGUGGAUUUACAGCCGGCUCAGCAAAGUUUCAGGCAGAGAGAGCGGCCGAAGUGAGCAGGACGCGGAGGUGGCGGAUGUUGCUGAUAUGGAAUCCGAGGCCGAGCGUAUCGAAGAGGCGUUGCGGCUGGCCGGGCUGAUCUACAGCUGGUCCAUCUCGUCGAUGGCCCAGAUAUCGCAGUUCAAGGACGACAAGACGCUAGAGCGGGCUUACAAGGCCAUAAGGGGGGUCAACCUUACGCGAUGGAAGGACAUACCGGGAAUCUUCCUCUGGAUCAUGCUCGUGGCGGCGCCGAGCACCAAGCAAGAUACCAGGGGGAGGUUCAUCCGGCGGAAGAUGGCGGUGGCGGGGCUCUCGAUCGGAUUCGAGAGCUUCGGGGUGGGGAUAUCGUAUCUGCGGGCGUUCUGGCUGGUCCAGAGGUGGAUUGCGCGACAGGGGAAACCGGCCGCAGACAGCUUGACGUGA